AUGAUGGCAACCUUGCCCGGCCCGAUGCUGCUCACCCGCUGCACGGCGUCGAUCGCGGACCGGUCGACACCGGCGUGCUCGGACGUCGGCCUUAGUCGCCGCGCCGUGCCCCGUCGUGUCAAGCGCCCCGUAACAGCCUUUCGCGUAACGCCAUCCGUGGACCGACUGGUUGCCACUUUGCCAUUGGUGGAAUUGGCAAGAUACAACCAAUCUGCCCGUCCGCCGGUCCCGAUGCUGCAGUGGAGCGUCGCCGUCGUCGUCGUCGUGUGCCACCUCAUAGCGUCGGUGGGCGCCGUGGCGUGCGACGUCGUCUGCGCAUCCGUGCCACUCAACGCUUCGUGCGCCUCGUGCCAGCCGUGCGCGAUCGCGUCGGACGCCGCGAACGGCUCGUGGUCGUGCCAGCGCCUCCUGCCGCCCGAGUGCCAGCCCCAGCGCACGGCGCGGGUCGUCUGUGACGUCAUUGUGGCCGACGCUGCGCCAAGCAAUAGCGGUGACGAAGCGCUGCAUACGUCGCCGGCGUUUCCGCCACAGGUCCUCUUCUUCAUCGUCGCCGGCACCCUCGGAACGUUCAUGGGGCUCAUCACGCUGCACUACCGACGCAAGUACUACCCGCGGAAGAGCCAGCGCCCGCGCCCACCUCCAAUCGAGACGCCGGUGCGGUCGCCGCACGAACGCAAGCCCGAGCCCAUUGCACUCGACAUGACGUCGACGCCCAAGUACAUUCCAACGUUCUCGAUCCUUCAAGACGAACAGGAUGAAGUCGCCGGCCCCUGGGCCCACCACCACGUGAGUGCGACGCACGGCCCCAACGGCGUCUGGUCGUCGUCGUCGGUCGACACGAUCUCGAGCGUCAACAACGACCCGUGGCUCUUUUUGCGGACGGAGCGGGCGUCCGAGAUGCAACUGCACCGAAGCACCGAGACGGGCAGCGAGCGCACGCCGUCGACCAACCUCGCUAACAGCUACGUCGAUCGCAUGGUGAGCCCCCUGAACGUCAAACCGCGCUCCAAAGAUAGUUUUUACAUCUAG